AUGGCCGACCGCUGGACAUGGGCCGCGCUGCUCAUCGCGAUCGUCUUGCGAACGCUAUGGAAGUCACGCUUUGAGGGCGUGAUGGACUCGCCGUACUUGACGUACUUUGCCGACGACUACAUGGAGGCGAGAAUGCGCUUCCGCUACGCGGCGACCCACGCCGGCGCCGAGUUGCACGCGAUACCGUACCCGGUCGACGACGCGGCGUACGCCGACCUCUCGAUUGACGUGGCAAUCCUCCGCGGCAGCAGCUCGCACCUCGUGCUGCAUCUCUCAGGCACGCACGGCGUCGAGGGCUUUGCAGGCAGCGCGAUCCAGUCGGCCUUUCUCGCCAACCUCACGGCGCUGUCCGACGAUGAGAACAAUCGCCCGACGAUCUUGCUCGUGCAUGGCGUCAAUCCAUAUGGCUUUGCGGCCUUGCGGCGCGUGAACGAGCACAACGUCGACUUGAACCGCAACUACUUGAGCGCGACGGCGUUCGCCGCCAAGCGGGCGGCCGACCCGAACGCCCAUGGGUACGCGGACCUCGAGCCCGCGCUCAACCCGCGCGAGCCCGUGCUCUUCCCGUUCCUCUUUUACCCGCGCAUGCUCCAAAUCAUCGCCACGAUGGGCUACACGGCCGCGAAGCGCGCGGUCGUCUCGGGCAACUACCAUUUCCCACACGGCUUGAGCUACGGCGGCCAGCACAUUGAACCCAGCCACACGCUCUUGCGGACCUUUGUCGCCGCCCACAUUGACUUGGAGGCCAUCACGCAUGCCGUGCUGCUCGACGUGCACACGGGUCUCGGACCGUGCGGCGCCGACACCCUCGCGGUCGGGUCGCGCGUGCUCAAGGAUGUGCCAAGCGUGACCACGACCCUCUUUCCCGACUAUGUAGCGCCCGACGGCAACGCAGCGUUCUCUGGCUACGACGCCAUGAGUGGCACCGCCGUCGCGGGCUACGAGACGUGGUUUCCGCCAACCGCUCGCACGGUCACCGUCAUGCAAGAGAUGGGCACCGUCCAGUCGCUCGCGGUGCUGGCCGCCCUCCGCGCCGAGAACGCAGCCACGCAGCACGACGCCGCGAAUCGAAAGGUCGCCGCUGAGGCACUCCGUGACGUCUUUUACCUCCGCGACGACCCGCAGUGGAAGCACGACGUGGCCCACCGCGGCCUCACGGUGCUGCACCAGGCCAUCGCGCACGUCGGUCGCCUCGAUGUCUAG